GUUUGUGUGGCUCUAAAUCAUUCUUAUUUUUUUUCUUACUUUAUCAAUUCAAUAUUAACCGCAUAAACUUAUUUUUCUUAAUACCCGUGUCGAUAGUGGGACGAAGGUAGUAUUAACUAUCUCCCAUAAUGUAUCUUUUCAACUAAUGUUGUCAAACACUGAAAACCGUAGGCUAAUGUCGUGUAUGUGAGUUGAUGUUUCUCUCACGCAUGUGAGCAUUUCUUCUUGGUUUAAUGGCUAAAAUUGAACAGCUUCCUCCGCACUUGGUGGGGGCAGGCUGCCGAUUGAGAACUCUGGAACUUGAGGGUGAUCAAUUGACGCUUGAAGGGGAAGGGGCAGGCUUGAUUCUUGGCGGAAGAAGAGAGAUUAUGGGCAGUGAUCGACGAUACAAUCUUUCAACUAGUUUUAGUCGGCUCCUUUCUCAUGGAAGAGGUAAUAACACAUCUGUGUUUCAGAAAUGCCUUGACCUUAAUCUGGCGGUCGGGAACGGCUGGAAUGGGCUACAAGCAGGCAGGGUACACAAAGGACAGGGAGAAGUGGCACACUAGACAAACGAAGAAAGGGAGACAGGGGUAGUUAGUCACAUUGUGGGAAACCGGGGAGGGCAAGACCGAAGAAGCUAGACCAGCUAGCAUGGGGUUGGAGUCUGGUGACCAUAAGAGAAGAAGGAUGUGGGAAAAAGAGGAGCAGAUUAGUGAUCAAAAUGGCUCUAGAUGAGCCAAAAAAUGGGGAAGGGGCGGGUGUUGGCUACCAAGCCCAUCUGGGUCAUUGAGAAUUUCUCCAACUCAAGAGGGCAAGCUCGUGCUUCUAGUGAUUUUGGGGAAGCAACUUUACUCUACUUCGCUAUGUUUUUCUUGUCGUUUUAUACUUUGGUCGGAAUGUUAUUUUGGUUUGUUUUAUUUUAUUUUAGUCAGACUCUUGACUUUAGUUUGAGUGAUGAAAAGUCUGUUUUGAGCGCAUUUUGCUUAGUUAUGCCCGUUAUAGGAUCAACGAGUCAUAUUGCUUUCGGAAAGGUUAUCGACUCUGGGUCUAGUUCGAGGGCUGGUGGUUGAGAGUGAGUUUUUUGUUACUUGCCUGAAUCCUG